CUCUUGUAGCAGUAGGUUACAUAUCCAGGCGGACAAUGCUUCAUCAAUUACAUGGAGUCAGUGUAUUCUCAAAUGACGAGUACCACUAUUCUUCUUCUAACUCGUGGCCAGAGAAAGAAAGUCGGGACAGCUCCUUCAGUCGAUCGCGCAGCUCCAGCGUGUCAAGCAUUGAUAAGGAGACCAAAGAGGCCAUCACAGCCUUGUACUUCAUGGAGUCCUUCUCCCGGAAGAAUGAUCCGUCACCCUCGCCGUGCCUCUGGGUGGGGACCAGUUUGGGAAUGGUGCUGAUCAUAUCGCUGAACAUUCCCGCAAGUGAGGAGCAGAGACAGGCGGAGCCAGUGGUGGUCACUCCAAGUGGUACUGCGCUCACUCUGAAGGGGGCAGUACUGACCUUCUCCUGCCUGGACUGUAUGGGAUCUUUAAAUCCACCCGUCCUAUGAAGUCUGGAGGGACCCGAACAGCACCGAUGACAAUGAGAAGACG